AGAAGAAAUGCAAAGCAUCACAAACAGGAAACGCAAAGAUUGUCUUAAGUUUUGUGCUGAGUACUCAGGUCGGGUGAAAACACUUGUUUCUCUCUAGACUUAUUUUCCAUCAAAUGUUGCUGUUGACCCACAAUGACGACGUCCCAGAAACACAGACGAUUCUGCUGUGAGCCAAUGGGGGACAAACUCGUAUAUGAUCUUCCUGGAAUUGGACCUGUGCUGGGUGGACGCCUGCAGAACAAGGGUCUAAUAAGAGCACGGGACGUCCUGGGACGAUUUCUAAUUUUGAACAAGGAUGAGUGGAAGUUUAAGAGCUGGCUAAGAGACUCAUGUGGGGCAAACGCAAAGCAGCAGAGAGACUGUUACAACUGUCUGAGAGAAUGGACUAGCAAUAAUCUGUGAAGAGGUUUAUCUAAUAAUUAAUACUGCAUAUGUUUCAUCUUUCUGUUUACAUUCAAUAUACUGUUAGCUAGCAAACCCUCAUUGUUUUAUCUAGUAUUUUACAUCUUUUUUUAAUGUUGUUAAUUGCUUGAUUCAGAUUUUCUGAUGAACGUUUUUUCAGGGAAACCCACUGAUAAAGUAGUUACGGAAAGGUCUUGUAUGGAGCCAGAUUAGUGUCAAAAAUAACACAUUUACAAAAUAUAAUUCAUACAUCCACAGCACAAUUCACAUAAUCCAAUUAGUAAAUUCAAAACACAAAUUGUGUAUUUAUGAACUGUGUUUUGAAUUUCCAAAUUGUGUUUUGAAUUUCCAAAUUGGAUGUGUAUUUAUCGUCCUGUAUUUAUUGUACCUCUCAACAUUGGGAUGUGAAAAUAAGGGAUAACCCCCUUUGUUCAAAAAAAAAACUGACUAAGAUCGAGAAUGUUUAGAUGUUGUUAUUAUUAUUAUGUGUAUAUGUCUGUUCAAACACGCACCUAAAACCCAAUGUCCACUUUCGCUUCUUUUCAAAUCACAUGUACAGAGUCUGUUUGCAUUACAGAAUCCACCGCUACAUGAACUGACUGUUUUAAGGAUUGCAUAGGAGGGGCGACUGUAAUGGAAAGGAAGGAAAUUCUGUCGUCUUUAUAUUUAUUUCAAGGUGUUUUCAUGCCUAAAAAAAUAAAAGCACAGAACAGAUUUACAUUUAAGAGCAAGUGGUGUCCCCUGGUGGUUCGGCGGUAUGGGUUGCGUGUAGGGAGGAUUGACUUUUUAAUAUUUAUGCCCACCCUUCAUAUAAAGAUUAAAAAUACAGGAGAACUAUGGAAAAAUAUGUUUACAGCAUAAUAACGGGAUAGAAUUGUAAAAUACGGGAGAAUCCCGGAAAAAAAAAUGGGAGGGUUGACAGGUGUGGUAUUUAUUAAUUGCGUUUUGAAUUUAAGAAUUGGAUUUGUGUGUUUAUGUGUUUUGAAUUUACAAAUUUUGUUUUGUAAACAUGUUAUUUUUGAGACAGAUCUGGCUCCAUAGGCCUUGAACCACAUUAUAGUUCCAUAUCACUACUCAAUCUCAUAUCA